CAUAAACAAAACUCCGAUAGAGACAAGGGAACGAAAGAACAGGCACGAUACGUGUACGUAAAUAUGGCAGGCAAGACGAGGAUUCCCGAAACCCUAGAUGGACGGUUCACCAUCAUUAUCUUCAUGGCCAUGACGAUGAUGACGAUGGUGACACAUGGCCAGGGGUUUAAGCUCGAGGUGAAAAACGAACUUACAGGAAGAUAUAGGAGGCUUGUGUACCAAUGCUGGUCCAAAGACGACGAUUUGGGAUGGAGAAUGAAUUGGCCUGGACAAGUCAAGGAUUGGUCCUUCUCCAUGUCCGUGUUCAGUACUUACUUCUACUGUAAUUUCCGUACAGGGUACGGACGGGCCGACAAGCAGUUGGUGGCGGCGUGGGAUAUGAAGGAGGAGUGUGGGGACAGGCAAAAAUGCACGUGGGUUGCGAAGAAGGAGGGUUUGUUCCUGAGACGUUGGAAGACGAGGUUUCUCAGCAACAAGUACGGAACUGAGAGGUGGCCCGAGUACGAACAACGUGAUACGCUCCAAAGACAUUGGAGCCAGCAAUGAUGAUGAUGACGACGUUCUAUUGGCUUGUCUGAUGAUCAAAUCUUGUCCAAAGAAAAAAUAAUAACAGAAUCAUAAAUUAAAUGUUGUAAU